AUGCGCGUGUCCGCAGAUAUGUACGUGGACCAAGGGAUCCUUGCGGGCAACUCAGCCACAUCCCUGAUUUGUCGCUGCUUGCUCGAUGUGUUGGUCGACGCUUCGUGCCUGUACCCCAGCAUAUCCCUCUACAGUGUUGUCGACGACAUCACUGUGGGGGCCGUGGACAAGAGGAAACACGUUAUCAACAGGGUCCUGGGGGCCACGAGGUCCAUCUGCAUUCAGUUGGAGCUCGUGGGUUUCACCAUCUCAACCAACAAAAAUAUUGUCAUGGGCUCGUCGGCCCAGGUCGUCCAGGUCAUCCGCAUGGGCCUCAGGGCCUGGGACUUCAAGGGCUUAGGGGCCACGAAGAACCUUGGGGUGGCCUUCGCUGGGGCUCGCAAGCGCUCUACCAAGGACCAGACUCGUAGGUGGCAGUCUCUCCUGCCCAGGCUCUCCAGGUUCAGAAGCCUGGCGUCGUCUUUCUCUGGCAUGCACAGGAUCCUCAAGACAGGUGGGGCCCCAACAGCGUUCUACGGCGUCAGGGUCCUGGACAUGGAGUUCGAUAAGUGGGACAUCGGGGAUGGGAUCUCGCUCCACCUCUCCUCCUUCGGCCGCCACUCCGUCGAAGCCCUCGUUGUGCAGGGCACGUAUCGCCAACUGUUGCGGCACGUGGCCAUCCCCUCCCCCGACGGUGUCCCAAAACCGCCGCUGAUCACAGUCAUCAGAGAGGAGCUCCAGAGUUUCCGGAAAGGUGGCAACCCAAAGGCCGCCAUCUUCAUCAGCGGGGUGAUCGCUGGUGGGUACCCGUGUCAGCUGCAGCUCUACAGAGAUAUAAAGGUCAUCGCUCCUCUUUGUCUGGCGUGCGGGCAGGCUGAAGGUACCCCGAAGCACAGGCUCUACGGGUGCCCUGGUUCCCACCUGGUCCGUCGUGAUCUGGACCUGGACGGUGUUGUUCGCGAAGGUGCAGGUCGGCCUGAGUGUGACCUCAUGGUUCCCAGGGUCCUGGUGCCUGACCCUGGGGCCGACUGGCCCACGUUGUCCAUGGCCAGUUCCCGCCUCUGGCACCGUCGCCCUGCCUCUGACCUGUUGGGCCCUCGUCUCUGCGUGGACGGGUCGGGCCUCGACCAGGACAACCCCCUCUCGGCCAGGGCAG